UUAAGGACAAAAGAGAAGAGCAAAAUGGAAAACGUGCUAUUUUGUUGGAUAUUUUUCACCCUCGGGUGGACCCUCACUGAUGGAUCUGAAAUGGAACAGGAUUUUAUGUGGCACUUGAGAAAAAUACCCCGGGUCGUCAGUGAAAGGACUUUCCGUCUCACCAGCCCCACCUUCAAGGCAGAUACUAAGAUGGUGCUAGAUAGAGUGUGUGGCAUUGAAUGCCAGAAAGAACUCCCAGCUCCCAGCCUUUCUGAUCUGGAAGACUUUCUUUCCUACGAGACUGUCUUUGAGAAUGGCACCAGAACCCUGACUAGAGUGAAAGUCCAAGAUGUGGUCCUUGAGCCAACUCAGAAUAUCACCACAAAAGGAGCACUGGUGAGGAGGAGAAGGCAGGUUUAUGGCACAGACAGCAGGUUCAGCAUCUUGGACAAAAGGUUCUUAACCAAUUUCCCUUUCAAUACAGCUGUGAAGCUCUCCACAGGCUGCAGUGGCAUCCUCAUUUCCCCCAGCCACGUUCUAACAGCGGCCCACUGUGUGCAUGAUGGAAAGGACUACAUCAAAGGGAGUAAAAAGCUAAGGGUAGGGUUGUUGAAGAUGAGAAAUAAGGGUGGUGGCAAGAAACGUAGGGGUUCUAAGAGGAGCAGGAGAGAGGCGAAUGGUGGUGACAAGAGAGAAGGUACCAAGGUGAAUCUGGAGAGAGACAAGGCUGGAAGAAGAAGAAGAAAGGAAUCUGGUCGGGGCCAGAGAGUUGCUGAGGGGAAGCCCUCCUUCCAAUGGACCCGCGUCAAGAAUACCCACAUCCCCAAAGGCUGGGCUAGAGGAGGGAGAGGGGAAGCCGCUUUGGACUAUGACUAUGCUCUUCUGGAAUUGAAGCGCCCUCAUAAAAAGAAAUAUAUGGAACUAGGAAUCAGUCCAACCAUCAAGAAGCUGCCUGGAGGAAUGAUCCACUUCUCAGGAUUUGAUCGUGACAGGGCAGAUCAAUUAGUCUACCGGUUUUGUAGUGUGUCUGAUGAAUCCAAUGAUCUCCUCUAUCAAUACUGUGAUGCUGAGUCGGGAUCCACUGGUUCUGGGGUCUAUCUUCGUCUGAAAGAACCAGACAAAAAGAACUGGAAACGCAAAAUCAUUGCGGUCUAUUCAGGCCACCAGUGGGUGGAUGUCCACGGCGUUCAGAAGGACUACAAUGUGGCGGUGCGCAUCACUCCCCUCAAGUAUGCCCAGAUUUGCCUCUGGAUUCAUGGAGAUAAUGCCAACUGUACUUAUGGCUGA